UAAAAACACGGCACUGCUGUUUAACCCAGCUCUAAAGCUGCUUCCUCUGCUGACCAGUUUGUAACCAAACACCGAGACGUGCCGCCGCUCAGGCAGAAAACUGCUGCUAAAGAUAGAGGAGGCCUUUAAAAAGCAGUAUAGUCAGACGAGCAGCUGCUCCUGUCUCUGAAGAGAGCCGCGCUUCACCUGAAAACUCAAACUUGGGUGACAUUAGAUAAUGAUUCAGAGAUGAUCAUUUGGUUCAGGUCAGACCUGCAGCCGUUCCGACUUUACGUUAUGAAAAUUUAACUCCAUUUUUCCCAGAAAAUUGGCUACACAUGAUCACGGCGCUGCUCGGUCAGCUCCUGACCCAGGAUGGCGAAGCAGUCGAUGGCGGACCUGCAGACGUUGGCGGCAGAUGGAGGCCUGAAGGAGCUGGUGCUGAGGUGGUUCACCGACACGCAGGCGCCACUCAUCCUGCAGAACGGAAACUUCCCUGACUGGUUCCAGGGCCUCGCUGCCAGAAAGGAAGCAGAAGAUGUGCUGAGAGAUAAAGCUCUGGGCUGCUUCCUCAUCCGCCUCAGUGAUAAAGCCAUCGGCUACAUCCUGUCCUACAAAGGUCAAGACAGGUGUCGCCAUUUUGUCAUUUCCCAAAAUCCUGAAGGGCAGUUUGUGAUAGCAGGAGACUGUCAGCUGUUUGGCAGUCUGACCCAGCUGAUCGAGCAUUACAAGGUCCGGCCCAUCCAGCCGUUUGGGGAGUUCCUCACCUCCAGCUGCUGCCAGGACGAUGCUGAUGAUCUGUAUGAUGUGGUCAAUGCCAAGAAGAGUUCAGGUGUCAGUGUUCAAGCUCUGCGGUCCAUCUGGGACCAAGUCGAACCUGACAAAAGAAAAAAGGUUCAGCAGCGUCAAAAUGAAUCUCCUCCAGCGCCGGCGCCUUCCCUCCCUCCCAAAUCCAGAAACAGGAAGCUGACGGGAACCGUAUCUGUGGAUGCAUCGUCUCUUUCACAGGCCCUUCCUCCGGUACCAAAAAGAGGAAUGCCUUUGGGUUUUUCCCUGAGUGGAUCUCUACCAGACACAAUCUCCCAUCCCAGAGAAAGGCCCACCAACCCAAACAGAGAGCCGACACACAGAGGAAGGACAACUCCGCCGUUGCCCGCUAACAGAGACUCGUUCAACCCAACAGACUCAAACAAUUCAAGUGAUUUUUACAAAGAAAUUGUGCCGGGUGCUGAUCUGAGCCAGGUGGAGAGCCGGAGCCAAUCCCUGCCGUUUCUAGGCAACAACGACGACGAGGAGACGGAGGAGGAAGAGAAAUACUCCAACAAGUUUAACAGCCUCUCUGUCACAGCGUCCGCCCCGCCAAAGAAGGUGACCUGCCUCACGUACUCCUUCCACGCUCCAGGUGUGACUCAGAGCAGCUCCGGGUCAGAACCAGAGAACGGCAGCCAGCACCAGCUGAGAUCCAACCCUCUGUACCAAUCCUCCGAGGCCACCGCAGGAAGUCCAGGCCGGCAGGCAGACAGCAUGUACGCCGAGGUCCCUGAUGGCCCCACGCGGACGGCUGACGACACGUACGAGCAGAUCCCCGGAGCCGGCGCCGGCCACAGCAACACGUACGAGUCGGUGAAGGACGUGAAGAGCAAAAAGCCCAAAAGCACCUGGGGCAAAAAUAACAUUAACUGGAAGAAAUUUUUCCCUGAUAACAAGAAGAAAUGAAUGACGCGUCUCUGAAGUUCCUUUAAGAACCUUCUGGAUCUUCUGCUGCUCUAUCCUCUGCUGUCUGUUCGGGUUUCGGGCUUCCUGGUUAAUAUAACAGCCGUUUCCUCAGUUCAGCUUCAGUUGCUGCAUUUCCAAUGAUUGGAUAAUUGCACAAUUUGACAUUUUCAAGAUAAAUUUGCUUUAUGGAAACAUGGCAAUUUAGAAAAAAACUUGUUUUUGAUAAAAAACUUUUGGCGCCAGGAUGAAGUGGGCUUUUUUUGGCUGCAACAGAAAAACUUUUUUUGCAUCACUCGGGUCACAUGAUCAACAACCAGAUGUUACCACUGAUACAAACCACGAAGAAGAAGAAGACAGGAAGUAGUUGAAAGAUGAUUUAAUGACUUAAACUUAAUCACAUCUGAUUUUAAUUGUUUCUAAAUCAGCUGUAACUCAGUCAGAUCUUUCUUUUCUCAUCCUGUAUUUCUGUGUUUUCCUCCUGUUGAUAGUUUAGGAUUCACUCCUGGACUUUACUGUUUGGUUUUUCUUAUUUUAAAUUGCAUAUUGUAAAUUAAUUGUAAACCUCUGAGUUUUGCCUGUCUGCUUCUUCCCUAAUUGCAUUGCACUAUUUUAUGAAAAAAUGUUUCCAUUCUAAGUCACAGAGAAAAAAUAAAGGUUUUAGUUGAUGAUCUAUAUGAACAUUAAACUGAAUGUAAAGAGAAUCCAGCUGUAGUUAUGAUAAAUCACAAAGCACAAUUAUUAGCAACAUCCAUUUCUGUUCACCCUAAUGGGGUCGGGAGGGUUGCUGGUUCCUCUCCAGCUGCGUCCCGGGCGAGAGGCGGGGUCAAGGGGUCACCCUGGACAGGUCACCAGUCUGUCGCAGGGCAACACAAAGACUUA